GAACCAGGAAAAAUCGAGUCUUUGCCCGGUACUUCCACGAACUGGAACGCGUGCAAUGCAGGCGCUGUACCCACAACAAAAUGGCGGAGAAUUUGCUGACGCUCCGUAACUCACAGUCUUCUCUUCUCCUUCUCCCUCGACAGCCCACCUUCUCUUCCUUGCGACAACACCCUCAAGCUCGCCCAUCUGGCCUCCGAUUCUCGCUCCCCAGGACACCCAUUUGCUGUAACUUGAGCGCGAGGCCGAAUCGCUCCAAGGGCCUUAAAGCUCCCGGGGUUUUGUCGGCUGAUUCUAGAACUUCAGAGGGCGUAUUCACCGUUGACUCGGAGGGUAAGGGUAUAAGCGUAGAGCCAGACGCGACUAACGGUGGUGGGUUCGGCGAUUUGGGCGGCGGCGGAGGCGGCGGAGGAGAAGGAGGAGGAGGAGGCGGCGGCGGCGGCGGCGGUGGUGGUGAGGGUAAGGGCAAGGGUGAAGGGGGAUCGUCGGAGGGCAAUAGCGAGAAGAAGCCGGGGAUGUCGAUGUCGCAGAAGUUGACUCUGGGCUAUGCUGCACUCGUUGGAGUGGGUGGAGUCAUGGGGUAUAUGAAGAGUGGAAGUCAGAAGUCUCUUGCUGCUGGAGGUCUGUCAGCCGCAGUAUUGUACUAUGUCUACACUCAGCUUCCAUCUAAUCCAGUUUUUGCAUCUUCUAUAGGGCUGGGUAUAUCAGCUGCCCUUCUGGGAAUAAUGGGCUCACGCUUUAAGAAAUCAGGGAAGAUAUUCCCAGCAGGUGUAGUAUCCUUGGUCUCUCUGGUUAUGACUGCGGGCUACAUGCACGGAAUUUUGCGGAGUGUUCACUAAGAUCAUCAUAUGUCAGUUGAAAUGGUUGUCUGUCCCCUCUUCGUUUGUUUGCCGAGUUUGAAAAACAAUGCAGCUGUGUCUCAUAGCUAGUGAGUCUGUAAUAUGUUACGGUCCAAACCAUUAUCACAUCUACAUACUUCAGUCCUUUUCUCUCGUUUCUUUGUCGUCUUUUUUCAACGAACUUAUCUUGGUUAGUCUGGCUUGUAUGGUCUGUUGUCCUUGUUUUUGUUUGAACGAGAACAGUGCUGUGGCACAUCGGACUAUGUUUCUUCUUGUGAAAAUUGCAAGUCUCUGAACCUUCUGUUAAUGCCUUUGCUGCUCCAUGUCCUGUUUCCGGGCAUUCGUGGCUUUA